GUCCAAAUCCAUUUACAUCCAAUAGGUUUAGGGUUGCGACAUUGUCUUCCUCCCCACUUUGUCUCGUAUUCUGCGAUUUUCACAUGGCUUCCUCAUCUUGCAAUAACAUUCAACGACUCGUGUUACCUUUUACUCUACAACACGAGAAAAUCAACACCCAUAAAUAAAUAGUUUCUUCUCAAGAAAAAAAGAAGAAGUAAUUUUUAUUUUUAUUUUUUUCCUUUUUAAGUCAGAUCCUCUGAAUCAUUUUUUGCUUUCAGAGAUGUCGAAUCCAAGAGUCACCAUCACCCUCGGCCGCACUGGUCAGGUGGUGGAGAGGGGAGUAACGGAUACAAACGUCGCGCGUGGUUAUGAUGGACCAGUCUCUGGGGGUAAACGAUCCAUGGAAGAGGGCUUAGGCAGUAGUAGGGCCAAUGGUUUUAUAUCGCCUACCAACAAACGGCGACGAGAUGAUGGUUUUAGAUCAACUAUGGGUGAUAAUACAUAUCAUGAUUCUCGUAUUAGUCAGUAUGAUCUCAGAUUAAAGCUGAUGCGCAAAAACCCCCCUAAGCAAAUUCAUGGUGUGCAUGAAGACCACAACAGAAUGGACCUUCGAGUCAAGCUGUCAAAACAGGUUCAAUCUCCACCGAUACAUCCAAUGAUGGAAUACAAGUCUGAGAUGAAGGGAAGUAGUCUUUACAGGAAAAUGCCCCCUAGAGGAAGUGCGGAUGAUUUACUCCUGGUGGAUUCAUUGAGGAAUUCUUAUUCUUCGCGAACCAUAAAUGGAUUGAGAGCUAGAUCCACUGAGAGAAAUUUGAGAACUUCCUCACACUUCUCACCUCCAAGAAAUUAUGAUGGAAUGUGGAAAAUACCAACAUUAAGGGAACCUGAUGCUUCAAGAGCUGGACGGUUUCCAAACAUGGGCAUUGGUAAUGUUCCUCGACCAACAGCCGGAAUACCCAUGACAAUAAAACCUGCUCCAGAAACUGUCAGACAAGUUUCACAUGGUCCACCAGCAAGUUGCAGCAUGCAGCAAAAUCUACAUAUGGUGGAGGGACCUAUCACGGUUGCUGGUUUGUUACAUACACUUGGCUUGGGAAAGUACACUGUUCUUUUCCAGGCUGAAGAAGUGGACAUGACUGCAUUGAGGCAGAUGGGAGACAAGGACCUCAAAGAGUUGGGUAUACCAAUGGGACCGAGGAAAAAGAUUCUGCUUGCUCUCUUACCCCGUCCGAAACAGCCACCACCAUAAACUGGAGCUUUGGAUGGUUUCAUCGCAAAGAGUGUUAACUUCCGUUGGUAGUUUUGAUAAACAGUGUAAAGACAUAGCAUAGCGAAUUGAGUGGGAAUACAUUUGACAUUGAAGUUAGAGAUUGAGAGGCUGCCUUUGUGUGGCUAUAUAUUUGUUUAGUGGUUCAUUUAAACAAAUGAUUGUGUGCUUUUCAUGUUGUAUUUAGCAUGUAUAUUACCAACAUUUCCCAUUGCACUGCAAUUGUUAUAUGAAUUGCAAGGUUUGGGCA